AUGGACCAUAAAACCUGUGUAGCAAAAAAUAGCGUGGGAGGGAAACUCACCGGGAUUUCCGUAAAUGGUAUAGGGCUCAUAUUUGUCGUCACUUUUAUAUUGACCUGGAAUACUUCCAGUGUCAGUCUUAGCAUCGAUAAUGGAAUCGGGCAAUUCCUUCUUUUUGGAGUUACCGUUGAAGAUGGAAUUAUUAUUGAGCUCGUUUAUCAUAUUAAUAAGCCAAUUAAACUUUUCUCUCUGGAUGAUAUUGGAGUUGUAACUUUCCUCAGCUUCAAACUUUCAACAAGUAACUGA